AGCUUUCUGGGUAAGCAUGGAUGCUCACGAUCUCUUUCGCCGGCUUGGCGCCGGGGCUAAAUUCGAUGUGAGACGCUUCUCGGCCGACGCAGCCCGAUUCCAGGUAGGAAAAAGGAAAUAUAACUUUGGUUCUUCGGAGGUCCUGCAGGGACUGGACAUUUUUGGAAAUAAGUCUGUCCCAGGUGAGUGUGGAGCGUCAAGAACUCAUCAGGAGCUCCAGGAUGAAGAGAAAAAAGAGAGCCUAAGUGAAGGGAAGAGGGAGCAGAACAAGAAAAAGAGGAAGAAGGUGACUUCAGAAAUUACAUCUCAAGAAGAAGGUUCUACUAUACAGUGGAUAUCAUCUGUGGAAGCAAAGAUUGAAGAUAAAAAAGUUAAAAGAGAAAAUAAACUAACUUCAGGAAAGUUGGAGCAGCUCAGAAAAGAAAAGAUAAACUUCUUCCGGAAUAAACACAAAAUUCAUGUCCAAGGAACUGAUCUUCCUGACCCAAUUGCUACAUUUCAGCAACUUGAACAGGAAUAUAAAAUCAAUUCUCAACUGCUUCAGAACAUUCUAGAUGCAGGCUUCCAGAUGCCUACACCAAUCCAAAUGCAAGCCAUUCCAGUUAUGCUGCAUGGUCGAGAACUUCUAGCUUCUGCUCCUACUGGAUCUGGAAAGACUUUGGCUUUUAGCAUUCCCAUUUUAAUGCAGCUGAAACAACCCACAAAUAAAGGCUUCAGAGCCCUGAUUAUAUCACCAACACGAGAACUUGCCAGCCAGAUUCACCGAGAGUUAGUAAAAAUCUCUGAGGGAACGGGAUUCAGGAUACACAUGAUCCACAAAGCAGCAGUGGCAGCCAAAAAAUUUGGACCUAAAUCAUCUAAGAAGUUUGAUAUUCUUGUGACUACUCCAAAUCGACUAAUCUAUUUAUUAAAGCAAGAUCCUCCAGGAAUAGACUUAACAAGUGUUGAAUGGCUGAUAGUAGAUGAAUCAGACAAACUAUUUGAAGAUGGCAAAACUGGGUUCAGAGACCAGCUGGCUUCCAUUUUCCUGGCCUGCACAUCCCACAAGGUCAGAACAGCGAUGUUCAGUGCAACUUUUGCUUAUGAUGUUGAGCAGUGGUGCAAACUCAACCUGGACAAUGUCAUUACUGUAUCCAUUGGAGCAAGGAAUUCUGCAGUAGAGACUGUAGAACAAGAGCUUCUCUUUGUUGGGUCUGAGACUGGAAAACUUCUGGCCAUGAGAGAACUUGUAAAAAAGGGUUUCAAUCCACCUGUUCUUGUUUUUGUUCAGUCCAUUGAAAGAGCUAAAGAACUUUUUCGUGAGCUUAUAUAUGAAGGUGUUAAUGUGGAUGUUAUUCAUGCAGACAGAACGCAGCAACAGAGAGAUAACACGGUCCACAGCUUCAGAGCGGGAAAAAUCUGGGUUCUUAUUUGCACAGCCUUGCUAGCCAGAGGGAUUGAUUUUAAAGGUGUGAACUUAGUGAUCAACUAUGACUUUCCAACCAGCUCAGUGGAAUAUAUCCACAGGAUAGGUCGAACUGGAAGAGCAGGACAUAAAGGAAAAGCUGUUACAUUUUUCACUGAAGAUGAUAAACCAUUAUUAAGAAGCGUUGCCAAUGUUAUACAGCAGGCCGGAUGUCCUGUGCCAGAAUACAUAAAAGGCUUCCAAAAACUACUAAGCAAACAAAAGAAAAAGAUGAUUAAGAAGCCACUGGAAAGGGAAAGUAUUAGCACAACUCCAAAAUAUUUCUUAGAAAAAGCUAAGGAUAAACGGAAAAAGGUCACUGGUCAGAACAGCAAGAAGAAGGUAACUCUUGAAGACAAAAGUUAAAAACAGACUUUUUAAAAGACUAUGCAGAAAUGUAACUUAAUGGUCCCAGCAUGAAGGUUGUUUUCAUGGAAUACUUCGAGUCUUAUAAUCAUGUGUGUACCAAACAUUUGAAACCCACUUCAGGAACAUGGGAGUGGGGAAAAAUGAUUCUAAACUAUCAGUGUGUCAUGUCAAAUUAUAAUUUGUAGGUGACUUUUAAAAGAUUAUACAAUGGAGGGGCUGGCCCCGUGGCCGAGUGGUUAAGUUCGCGCGCUCCGCUGCAGGCGGCCCAGUGUUUCGUUGGUUCGAAUCCUGGGCGUGGACAUGGCACUGC